AAAAAUGGUUCUACUUUUGUUACUAACUUUAGUAGCACAUAAAAUGUCUGCCAACGUAAUCAGAAGAGAUACUUUACAGACUUUGUUUGAACUAAAUUCUGCAUCUGAAAAUAACUUUAACCAAUCAUCAAUCAUUCAAGCACCAACGCCUACAACAUUUGAUGCCACAAUCACAAUGCUUCCAGAAAAUGUUCCAACGGAAAGUUUUUUGGUCGAAACCACUAAGUCAAUUUUUUCUUUAAAUGAACCCAUGAUAAUGGAAACUUUUACAACCUCAACUCAAACCAAUUUAAUCUCAAAAAAUCUAAUUUUACCAGAAUCAUCUGAAUCUGUAUCAAUUUGUAAUGUUAAAAACUGUCUUUUACCAUCAUGCAGAUGCGCGGGAACAGAUAUACCUGGUGGAUUGUCGAAAGUUAACACCCCGCAAAUAAUCUUAUUUACCAUGGAUGACGGAGUUACACCAGAAAACUAUCAGCUUUACAGUGAGUUACUUGAUGGCUUGACUAACUUUAAUGGGUGUCCAAUCAAAGCAACGUUUUUCGUAUCUGGUGAUAAUUCCGACUACGCUUACGUAAAGAAAUUGCAACAGAGCGGUCAUGAAAUAGCAGAUCAUUCGGCAACUCACAGAUUACCAGAAGAAUGGUGGAGUAAAAUAGCCGCUUUAGAAGACCUAGAAAAAGAAAUUUUAACACAAAAAAGUACUAUUCAGCAAGAAGUUGGAACAACUACACUUGGGUGGAGAAACCCAUUUCUUGCAAGCCAAGAAAAUACGUUUAAAGUGUUAGCUGAAAAUCAGUUUUUGUAUGACAGUUCGUUGGGAACCACUCCGGGUACGCGAUGGUGGCCAUAUACAUUGGAUUACUUACCUUCCUUACCGUGCUACAUGACUAACUGCCCAUCAUUUACGUAUCCUGGAAUUUGGGAAAUCCCGUUGGUUACACUGCAAUGCGACGAAUCAGCUACCACGUUUGCUACAAUGCUCGAUGAAUGUACAAACUUAGUAACUGAAGAAAGUACGUAUAACAUGUUAAUGACCAACUUUAAGCUUCACUACGAGGAUAAUAAGCAGCCUUUUCCCAUGUUUGGCCAUUCGACUUGGUUCGAUAAUGCAUCUUACCGUAAAGAUGCUGUCAUAAGGUUUAUGAACGAUGUUCGAAAGUUCAACGACGUAUACUUUGUCACUGCCCAACAAGCAAUUGAAUGGAUAAAAUCACCGGUCGGUCUUGACAAUAAGCCUUUUUCGUGUAAUUUAUAAAUGUCACUUUUACAGCAUUACAAUUUUUUGAAACAAGUUUUAAAUGUAAAUAAUAAUUACUUCAAUAAUAUUUCUCAU